AUGUCGGCCACUGCUCGAGUGGCCGUUCUGCGAUCCCAAGUGCCGGCUCUAAGGCCGACAGGUGGAAACGCAGUCACUUCUCACCCAUCCUUUAUCCAGGCUCCCUUUUAUGCAACAUCAGUAUUGAGCAGAUCCUCUAAUCCCCAGGUCUCUCGCCUUCUUUCCCCCUACGCUUCUCUUCACCUGACGCGGUCCUUCCAUGUCGGCUCGCCUCGGCUGCAACAGAAGCAGGAACAGCAGAAUCCAAAGAAAGCCGAAGAGUCAGAGGGAGAAAACAGUGAAAAAUCUAAAGAUGAAAAGAAAUCAGAGGAAGACAAAGAGGAUGCGCCUCCUCCACCCCCCCACGGAGACAAAUCCCCCUGGCAAGUCUUCCGGGACACCCUUCAAUCGGAGUUCAAGGCAUCCAAGGAAUGGAACGAGUCCACAAAGGCUCUUGCAUCCUCAGCACAUCAGUUCACUGAGAAUGAAAACAUUAAGCGCGCUCGUGCGGCGUAUGAAGCAGCUUCAGGGGCUGCUACCUCACGUACCUCGUCUGCGCUGAAGACAACUGGAAAGGCCAUCGGCAAAAGUGCUGUUUGGACAUGGAAUACCCCUGUUGUCCAAGGUAUUAGGAAGGGGGUCAAUGCGACUGGCUCGGGAAUUGAGCGAGCUACGCGUCCUGUUCGCGAGACUGAGGCCUAUAAGACCGCCGUUGGGGGUGUGAAGGAGGCCAUUGAUGACGGCAGCAGCUCUCGUUAUGGUGGUUGGGUUGAGAAGGAGGAACGCCGGCGACAGAGGCAGCUUCGUGAAGAGAUGGAAGCCAAGUCUGGCCGCAGGGUUGAGCCCAUGGUUGAAGAUCCCGAAGCCGGUACCAAUAUUACUCUACACAAAGACUCGGCUUGGAAAGAAUCCUGGCGCGACUUUAAGGACUCAAACCCCAUGAUGCAGAAGCUUUUCACACUGAAAGAAAGCUACAACGAGUCCGAGAACCCUUUGAUUAGCACUGCCCGCAGUAUCUCAGACCGAGUAGCGGGCUUCUUCGCCGAAAAUGAAACAGCUAUGGUUAUUAAGAAGUUCCGAGAAAUGGACCCCAACUUCCAGAUGGAGGCAUUCUUGCGGGAGAUGCGUGAAUACAUUCUCCCCGAGGUUCUCGAUGCCUAUGUCAAGGGAGAUGCCGAGACGCUCAAGCUCUGGCUGUCAGAUGCCCAGUACCAUGUCUAUGCUGCCCUUGCAAAACAAUACACCACGGCAGGCUUGAAAUCAGAUGGACGUAUUCUAGAUAUUCGUGGCGUGGAUGUCUCUCACGCUCGUAUGCUGGAUCCUGGUGAGAUCCCUGUUUUUGUCGUGACAUGCCGUACGCAGGAAGUUCACGUUUAUAAAAACACAAAAACAGGCGAGUUGGCUGCUGGUAUGGAAGAUAAGGUCCAGCUUGUGACAUAUGCGAUUGGCCUCACAAGAAUCCCUGAGGAUGUCAAUAACCCCGAGACAAGGGGAUGGAGGUUGAUUGAACUGCAAAAAGCUGCUCGUGACUACAUCUAA